UUACGCAAAAGAAGAAGGGCAGCGAGUCCUGUGACAGGAAGUUUAAAUGUAUUUGUUUUGUUCUCUCUCAGUGAGUUGUCAGAUGCAGUUUAAUCUUUACUUUUGACAAAGACACUGCGGGUGCAGAGCUUCCCUGUCGCCAUGGUGGAGCCCACGGCCUCCGGUGUGUUCUGCAACAGGAUGCUGAGCAUGGUGAACUCUGAGGACGUGAACGCCAUCAUCCAGGCUCAGAGACACAUGCUCGACCGCUUCGAGAAAACCAACGAGAUGCUGAUCAACUUCAAUGGCCUGUCGAACGUGAGGCUGCAGCAGAUGAACGAGCGUUUCCUGCUUCACACUCGCACCCUGGUAGACAUGAAGAAGGACCUGGACAGCAUCUUCAGGAGGAUCAGGACGUUAAAAGGAAAGAUUGCAAAGCAAUACCCAGAAGCCUUUAGCAACAUCCACGAGUCACCCGCCUUGGAGGAUGAAGACGAAGAAUUUGACCCGAUUCCCCCCAGCUUUGCUACGACGACCACCACGGCCACGUCGGAGCAGAGCACAGAGUCCUGUGACACGAGCCCCGAUGUGAUCUCGCCCACCGUGAGCAGAUGCUCCGAAGAUCUGUCUCAGGAGCCACCGGACACGCCGACCUCUGACGUCCUUGAGACGGCCGUGCUGCGGGACGAGGGUCCCGACUCCGUAGCUGCGGAGUAGAACCGAAGGUUUCCAAUUCAAACUGAGAGUCAACCACAAGUCUGCUCCGGCGGCAGGCGCACUGUGUGUUUGUGUGAGUGUCGGCCUCUGUAAGAUAACACAGAUCACAUACUUGAUGUUGGAGGCAUAUCUGUAUUAGAGGAUUUUUUUUUUUUUUUUUUUUUUUUGCUGGCAUGUUUACACAUCUUGUGCUUUUAUAGCUUCUAAAUUAUGCCAAAGAAAUACUUGAAGUCAGAAAGUGUGUCGGUGUAGAUAUAUGAGGUAGUCCUAACAGUGAACCUGUGCAAAAGUGUUUUUAUUAUUUAUAUGCUGCUUUUGUCUGGAAAGAUGCACGUCUAACUCAAGAAACAAGUUAAUAUUAAUGGCGUUGUAAUUAAAAUGCACACUGUUCUUAUCAUCCUGAAUUUGAGUAAAUGAGUGUCAAUAAAUAACUCGGCUUGUCUCUGCGU